AUGGAUAAGUAUGAUACAUCCCAGAUCACAGAGUUUCCCCGCUUCGAAAACGAAUCUAGUCAAAGCGGGGUAUCGACGUUUUUUAAUAAAUUAUGGAAGUUUCCGAAAUUUUCAUCUAGUGAAACUAGUGACAGUAUGCAAAACAAGGAACAAAAUAAUAAAGACGCCCCUGAAACUGUAAAUCAGAAACAAGAAUACGACGAUGGCACUACUGAAACAGCCUCAUAUGCCGUUGAAUUGGAAGGAAGGAGCUUGCCUAAUGUUUUAAGAAGAAUAAGCAGUCUUGUUGCUUUAGGGUCUGGCAGCGGUACAAGAUAUGCAGACACAGAGUUGGCUCGCUACUGGAUGCCAGAUGACAUAUCGCGGGAGUGUUACGAGUGCGCAACACGGUUCAGCACUUUGCGCAGGCGCCACCACUGUCACAUAUUUGGUUGCGCGGAUGGGUUGCGCGUAUGCAACUACUGUUGCAAUGUAGUACUCAGCUAUUUAAAGGAGAAUGACAUGACCAGUGAAAUACCGCCCGAUUUGAGAACCCUGCAAGAGAAUCUACAGGUGAAAUUCCCCGAGAACAAGUCUUCCACGACUCCAAACAAGUUGCGUGACAACUUUAUGUUCGCGCGCGAGCAGGAGGAGCGCUGUGAGCCCCGCACCACGCACAAGGAGGUGCUCCACGAUGUGUUCCGACAACUCAGCUUUACUCUGCCCACGCAACAGCACAGGUACCGCCUGGUGAGGUACAAUGGUGUUUGGCGUGGAUGUGACAUACUGCAAUGGGUCAUGGACAACACCAAUAAUAAAACUAGAGUACAAGCUAUGAUGGUGUGCCAGAACCUCGUCAGCGCUGGGUACAUGGACUGCGUGACAGAAUUGCCUAACUUCGCAGACUAUGCACUCUAUAAACCCAUUGUGUUACCUCCCAGGACCAUUGAGGAAGAAAGCUCCCCUGAGGAAUCCAACAGGCUCUGUGAAAGUGUGUCUUCGUACUGUUUAGAUUUGAACCUUGGGAACAACUCCGCACGACUCAUUAAAACUCCAAAGCCAGUAGAGAAAGAGUCCACUUCCAGUGAAGAAGAAACACCAGUUUUGGAGCAAACUGAAGUGUAUACAGAAUCUCGGGACAUAUGCAAAGCUAUAGUAGUGUCCGGUGAAGAGCACUUGCGCCUGUUGAUGAGACAGUGCCUGGCGCGGCAUGGUCUACCAGCCUCGUGGCUCGAAGUACUCUACCCACUGUGCCAGCACGCCGCUGAAACUAUUGUAUUGGAUGUAAACACGAAUGACAUAGAUGUGCGCAAUUAUGUCCAAGUGAAGAAGGUGCCUGGUGGUAACAUGCGCGAUAGUUGCGUUGUCCAAGGUGUCGUAUUGACCAAGAAUGUAGCUCACAGGGGGAUGCCGCAGCAGAUUACUAAUCCUACAGUAUUGCUUCUAGACUGUUCUAUUGCAUACCAAAGAGUGGAAGGAAAGCUGACUUCAUUAGAACCAGUAUUGUUGCAGGAGCAAGAGUACCUGGUGCGGUGCGCGGCGCGGAUCCGCGCGCUGCAGCCGCGGGUGGUGCUGGUGCGCGGCGGCGCGGCGCGGGGCGUGCAGGACGAGCUGCGGCGCGCGGGCGUGGCGCUGGCGGCGCACGUGCGCACGCGCGCGCUGCGCCGCGCCGCCCGCGCCACGCGCGCCGACCUGCUCGCCUCCAUCGACGCGCGCGUCGGCACGCCCCGCCUCGGCUCCUGCGCCGACUUCUACGUCAAAACCUACGCCGGUAAAACUUUAAUGGUACUGGAAGGGUGCGCGGAACCGAAUCUCGGGUGCUGUAUAUUACUUCGCGGUGCGUCUCUACCCGAGUUGAUCAAAGUGAAGAAAGUGGUCAGGUUCAUGUUGUUGGCGUGCUACAAUUGGAAGCUAGAGAAAGCGUUCCUAGGAGACAUAGAAGCGAUUCUACCCGAACCGGGAAUGACUUUCGAAGACGACGUCAAUAACGAAAACGAAGUCACUAAAAAUAGCAUAGAGUUCAGUAAUCAUGAAAGUCAAAGUAUUGUAAACGUAACUCGGAGCGAUUCGUUUAACGAAGAUACGAGAAAGAAAACUAUAAAAACUAAUGAACCCGAUAAUAUAAAAGUCAAUUCAAACGAAGAGCCUAUAAAACACGAUUCUGCCGAUGAAGAUCCAUUACAUAUUUCGAAGUCUUAUGUUCGCAAGAUGGACAGUGACAAAACAUUGAGUUGUGGUGUUCCGAUUAGAGAUUUCAGUGAUCCGUUGCGUGCUACCAUAUCGGUAGAUGACGACGUAUUCUUACCUAAAGAAGAAGCCAAACUAAAGGCUGAUGAUUCACACAACGAUAGAUGGUCAACAGAUGAUGCCGUCCUCUCAAUGUCUCCUAAUAUUACAAUCCCUGCACCGUACUUGGAAACAGAAGCAGGUCGACGAUGUCCCUUACGGGUUUACUUCCCGUGUCCACUAACGCCUGCGCCAGCACCGCAUACUCCACGAGCUCAUCACAGACUGCCUUCGCGACAGAAGAGUAGUCACACUUUGAUAAAAGAAGUACACCCGUUCGUGAAAAUGGCUAUAUCAUCACCAGCAGAUGAUCCAGCUGUGAAAGCAGCACUUGCAAAUUACAGGGCGACUGGCUGUCGACUUAUCAACGAUAAACAUAAACCUGAAUGCCCCAUGCACAAACCAACUGCCGUGAAGAAAAUGAAAGAGCCUGAGCAUCCGGAAUCGAAUGAAAAGCAGGCAGACAAUGAACCGCCUGAUCCUCUGGCGCCAGAAAACCAUCAGCAAUUGAGCCUAUUGUUAUAUAGUUACAGUAAUAAAUCAGCUAAUGUUCCUGACUUCUGCGUCAACCCAUGGAUUGUGACGAUGGAAAUGUACGGUCGCCAUGAUAUAUCAUUGGGGGCCUUUCUCGAGAAGUACUGCUUCAACAGCGAUUACAAAUGCACUUCGCAUAAUUGUUCGGUGCCCAUGAACCAGCACGUAAGAAGGUUUGUGCACGGUGAUGUUUGCAUAACUAUAACGUGUAACACGAUUGGACACAGUAAUGUAGACAAAGUCAAAGAGGAACGUAGUAAACAGGUGAUGUUCUGGUCGCGUUGCGAGGCGUGCGGCUGCAGCGGAGGCGCCCGCGUGGUGUCGCGGCGCGCGCUGGGCGUGUCGCUGGGCACGUACGUGCGCUGGCGCGCGCACGCCACGCGCUACGUGCGCGCGCGCACCUGCCCGCACCCGCUGCACGCGCACGCGCACGCCUUCGUACGGGACCUCACCACCGCCUGCUUCCGGUACAGUAAAAUAACACCGUACGACAUCCAACUGCCGCCGGAGACGAUAUCGACCAACUACGACACCAAACAGAUGAGAGACGCACUAAUCACACAACUCAACGAACUCGUGCAAAAAGGUCACGAAAUAUUCAGCGGUUUGUCAGAUGGCGACGCUGACAAAGACUAUCAAACGUUUAAGCAACACAUGGAGCAGAUACACCUGGCUCUCACAUCGGCCAAUUCGCACGAGAAUAACACCCUUGCUGCUGUGGUUCGAAACCUUUGGAUGGUGUCAGAUCGUAUUAUAUCUGGUGAAAAGAUGCUGCGCGACGCUCAAGACAAGUGGUCCAGCCCACCGGCCAAACCGACUAAGAAUCAACAAGACACUCCUGUCGACGAAAAAUCCGAUGUAGACGACUCAUCCGGCGAUGAUGUCAACAAAGAAAACGCAGGCACCACAUACGUGUUUGCAUCAGAUAAUAACAAAGACGGCGAAAGAGAACACACAGGACUAGAAGAAGACGAAGAGAAAGGUGACAAGAAGACAGUAAGGCAAAUACUGUCCCAACUUUUGUCCAACAACCAGCCCGCGAACCAGAAUGGUAUGAUAGUGUCGAGCGGGGUGGUGCCGGUGGUGGUGCGGGCGGGGGAGGUGGGGUCCGUCAUCGCCGCCACGCUCGCCUCCGUCACCUACCGCCGCACCAGAGCUGCUCACCGCCACAGUACGCAAACGGAACAAGAAGAAAAUGAGACUACCAACUCGACAGGCAAGGAUAAAGCGGACGGAGACAAGUCUAAACUGGCCAAGAAUAAUGACCAUGUUGAAGUUUUACUAAAGGAUGGUCUGGUAUGUCGCGUGUACUACGCGUCUCAGUUCCAGCGCCUGCGUCACAUGUUACUGGCGCCGCUCACGACCCCUCCACUCGACGACUGUCGCGCUGACGCCGAGCCUAAGUGUAUCUGCUUCGAGAAUGACAAGGAGCUGUGCGAGAUCGAGGAAGGUUUCAUCAGGUCGCUGGCGCACUGCGUACCCUGGGCGGCUCGCGGCGGCAAGUCGGGCUCCACCUUCUGUAAGACUAAAGAUGAUAGAUACGUGUUGAAAGAGAUGACAAAGCCGGAGUGGCAACAGUUUUUGGAAUUUGCUCCUCACUAUUUUGGGUACGUCACACAAUGUAAGCAGAACAACAGUCCCAGCCUGUUAGCUCGCAUCUUAGGUGUAUUCAGCGUAGGUGGUGCAGGAAAUGGAGUAUUGGUCAUGGAAAACGUUUGGUACGGAUGUUCGGCUAAAACCAAGCGCUUCGAUCUGAAGGGCUCAUCGAGACAUCGUCUGACUCCUGACACUCAACCGCUGGCAGUACUUAUGGACGAAAACCUGCUCAACUUGCGGUGGGAGCGGCCGCUGUACGUGUCGUCGCACGUGGGCGCGGUGCUGUGGCUGUGCGUGGAGCGCGACGCGCAGUUCCUGGCCGCGCUCGACGUCAUGGACUACUCGCUACUGCUCGGCGUCGACGGAGACAAGCUCGUGCUCGGCAUCAUCGAUUACAUCAGAACAUUUACAUGGGAUAAGAAAUUGGAACACCUAGUGAAGAAAAACUUAGGCUCCGGUCAGCCUACUGUCGUUUCUCCUGAGGAAUACAAGCGAAGGUUCUGCAACGCGACCAGGAAGUACUUCCUGCAGUGUCCAGCUCACUGGGACCAUUUGUAUAACACUAUUCACGUGUAA